GCUCUAUCUCCUACCCUUUACCGCAACGUCUAAACAUGUCUCUCAACUCCUUGUGUCCUCUGCUCUUCCUGUUCUCCCUUCUCCUCUCAUCUUCUACAACUGCCUUUAACAUCACCAACAUCCUAAGCAACUACCCUGAUUUCAGCACCUUCAACAAUGACCUCACUCAAUCUCAGGUCGCCGCUGCGAUCAACGCACGGCAGACCAUUACCGUCCUGGUGGUGGACAACGGCGCCAUGUCGGGAUUGUCGGGGCAGCCGGCGGAAGCCGUCAAGGACAUCUUGAGUCUCCAUGUGGUGCUCGACUAUUUUGAUCCACAAAAACUCAAACAAUUACCGGAUAAAUCGGCAGUUCUCACCACGCUUUUACAGACAACUGGACGAGCUGUCGGCUUACAGGGCUUUCUCAAUGUGACCGUCUCGAGCAGCGGUGGGAUUGCAUUUGGCUCGGCCGUGCCAGGAUCGAGCCCUGGUGCUACCUUAGUGAAAUCUGUCACAUCUGAACCAUACAACAUAUCUGUCUUGCAAAUAAGCAGUGCAAUAGUGCCUCCCAAUUUAGGGGGGACUAAUUCUAGUUCCGGCUCAAACUCAACUCACUCACCGCCAUCCCCAUCGCCUGCAAGUCCUAGCCCAGGUAAGUCCCCAGUGAUGCCUAUGCCUUCGACCCCAACAAUGUCUCCUGGUACUGGACCACCAAAGUCUGGAAAGGCACCAACUCCGGCUGCGGCAGCGACACCCCCAUCUAACGGAAGUGUAGCAACCCCACCAGCCGCUGCCUCACCCGCUACCUCACCACCGGGUGCGGCUGGUGGUUCACCAACAAGUGGUAAUGCUCCGGCAGCAGAUGCUCCAGGCGGUUCGCCUCCCGUGCCUGCGGGUGCCAAUGGACCUGCAGGUGCCAAUGGGCCUUCGGGAGCCAAUGGGCCUGCGGGAGCCAAUAGGCCUGCGGCUCAAGCAGCAGAUGCUCCGGGCGGUUCGGGUGCCAAUGGGCCUGCGGGUGCCAAUGGGCCUGCGGCGGAUGAUCCGGUCGCUGAUGCACCGGGAGGACAUAAAUCUGGCGCCCCUAGAGGUUAUGGUGUUGACCUUGCAGGAGGUGUAGGACUGUUGGCCACAAUGACUUGGUAUCUGACUUUGACAAUGUGGUAGAACAUGUAAGGAAGAUACAUUAGAAUAUCACUGUUGUCUCCCGUAGUAGAUAUGGAGCUUAGUUGCUUGCCUUUUUUUACAUUUCAAAGUGAUGUAGAAGAACUGGUCAGCUGUUACAGAUACCGUUAUUAAAUCUUACAGAAUUACUUGCUUUUCCUAAUGAUUCUUCAUCUUAGUAG